UGGGAACCCGAGAGGAACCUCAAUCCUACAUUGAUCGCCGCUUUCCUUCGAGGAGACGAUGUCGAACUGGGCGGUGGCUCCGCUAACGGCGACGAUGUCGUUCCGCCGGCCUCGACACAGGGCAUGGAUCUCGAUCGAGGCCCGACCGACGCCGCCACGAGGCGUCCCUCUCACCCCGUCUUGCCUGCCCUGCCACUGGGUGACGAUGUCGAGGCGGACGGCUGUUCCGCUAAGGCGGACGGCUGUUCCGCUAAGACGGACGGCUGUUCCGCUAACGGCGACGAUGUCGUUCCGCCGGCCUCGACACAGGGCAUGGAUCUCGAUCGAGGCCCGACCGACGCCGCCACCAGGCGUCCAUCUCACCCCGUCUUGCCUGCCCUGCCACUAGGUGACGAUGUCGAGGCGGACGGCUGUUCCGCUAAGGCGGACGGCUGUUCCGCUAACGGCGACGAUGUCGUUCCGCCGGCCUCGACACAGGGCAUGGAUCUCGAUCGAGGCCCGACCGACGCCGCCACGAGGCGUCCCUCUCACCCCGUCUUGCCUGCCCUGCCACUGGGUGACGAUGUCGAGGCGGACGGCUGUUCCGCUAAGGCGGACGGCUGUUCCGCUAACGGCGACGAUGUCGUUCCGCCGGCCUCGACACAGGGCAUGGAUCUCGAUCGAGGCCCGACCGACGCCGCCACGAGGCGUCCCUCUCACCCCGUCUUGCCUGCCCUGCCACUGGGUGACGAUGUCGAGGCGGACGGCUGUUCCGCUAAGGCGGACGGCUGUUCCGCUAAGGCGGACGGCUGUUCCGCUAACGGCGACGAUGUCGUUCCGCCGGCCUCGACACAGGGCAUGGAUCUCGAUCGAGGCCCGACCGACGCCGCCACGAGGCGUCCCUCUCACCCCGUCUUGCCUGCCCUGCCACUGGGUGACGAUGUCGAGGCGGACGGCUGCUCCGCUAACGGCGACGAUGUCGUUCCGCCGGCCUCGACACAGGGCAUGGAUCUCGAUCGAGGCCCGACCGACGCCGCCACGAGGCGUCCCUCUCACCCCGUCUUGCCUGCCCUGCCACUGGGUGACGAUGUCGAGGCGGACGGCUGUUACGCUAAGGCGGACGGCUGUUCCGCUAACGGCGACGAUGUCGUUCCGCCGGCCUCGACACAGGGCAUGGAUCUCGAUCGAGGCCCGACCGACGCCGCCACCAGGCGUCCCUCUCACCCCGUCUUGCCUGCCCUGCCACUAGCUGACGAUGUCGAGGCGGAGGGAUCAGCCCGGUAUUGA